CUUUAUCUGAGAUGUAAUUAUUCAUUUAUAAAAAACGUGUAAAUUGUAUGAUCACUUUCUCUCUUCUUUCUCCUCUCUUCCUUCUUGUUUUACUAUAAGAUGGCUAUAGCUACUAUGAAUGGCGGAGUCGGUGUUGCUCACCUUCCUAAUCAACGCCACAAGAUUGUAUCUAAGCGUGGGGCUAACUUUACCUUGAUGGUUUGUGGUGAAUCUGGUGUUGGAAAGACGACCUUUGUGAAUACUUUAUUUACUACUGGAAUUAAAAACCCAAAGAAUAUGAAUAAGAGACAUGCAAAGCAAACCGAAAAGACAGUAGAAAUUGAAAUUACUAAAGCAGAGCUUGAAGAAAAGAACUUUAAAGUCAAUUUGACCAUUAUUGAUACUCCAGGUUUUGGUGAUUAUGUUAACAAUCAUAAUAGUUGGAUGCCUAUCUAUGAGUUCCUUGAUGAUCAGCAUGAGAGUUAUAUGGCUCAGGAACAACAACCAGUUCGUAAGGGUGUCAUUGAUCUCAGAGUACAUGCAUGUCUUUACUUUAUUCGUCCAAAUGGUCACAGUCUCAAGCCAUUGGAUAUAGAAGUCAUGAAGCACCUUGGUUCAAGGGUGAAUUUGAUUCCCGUGAUUGCGAAGGCAGAUACCCUUACUCCUAAUGAUUUAGCCAAGUUUAAAGCAAAUAUCUUGAGCGCUAUUGCUGCUAAUAAUAUACAGAUAUACAAUUGUCCCAUUGAUAGUGAAGAUGAAGAAAUAACAGCAACCAACAAAAGUAUUAUGGCAUCCAUGCCAUUUGCUAUCAUUGGUUCUACUCAAGACGUCAAGACAACCGAUGGGCGUGUUGUCAAAGGCAGAGAAUACUCUUGGGGAGUUGCUGAAGUCGAGAAUGAGGAACACUGUGAUUUCAAAAAGCUAAGAAAGCUGCUUAUCCGAUCACACAUGCAUGAUUUGAUAUCAACAACAGAAGAACAUCAUUACGAAAACUACCGUCAAACCCAGAUGGCCACUCGUAAGUUUGGUGAGCCAAAACAAAAGAAAUACGAAAACCCCAAGUUUAAGGAAGAUGAAGAACAACUUCGAUUGAACUUUACAAAGCAAGUUAAAGAAGAGGAAAAUAGAUUCCGCCAAUGGGAAGCACAGCUUGUUGCUGAACGAGAUCGCCUAAACAAGGAUCUUGAAGAACAACACGCUCAGAUUAAGCAAUUGGAAGGGGAAUUGGAGCAUCUAUAUCAAAUCCAUGGACGCGGAACUAUUCGAAGAUAAUAAUAAUAUUAAUAAUAAUGAAAAUAAAAUUGUGCUUUUAAUA